AGGUGCCCCGAGAGCAACUGGGGAGCCAGGAGCCGGGGAGCUUGGGUGUGCAGCCACGGGGUUCCUGAGCUGACCUGACCUGGGAGGCUGUGAGCUGGGCACAGGAUGACUCCGCAGAGAGCCGUGAGGCUGUCGCUGAAGAAGCCCACACACGCUGUGUGUGUGGUAGGAGUGGAGAUGCCAGUGGAUGUGUACAGGAAAACCUGGUGCUGGGGCUCUGGGGGCUCUGGGGCCAUCCCGCUGGUUAACUGUGACAGGGACAGCCACGGGUCCAGGGAGGACCUGCAUGCCAGUCAGCUGAGUUCUCUAGAGGACCUGCAGGACAUGUCCCUCAUGGUGCUGAGCUGCAGUGGCCCCGAUCAACUCUUUGAAAGCCACAAGCUGGUCUUGAAGGUGUCCUUAUCUGAUUCUAGAAGACUGAGGGUCUACUGUGCCCGGGGUGGAACCUCCCUCUCCAACUACAAGCAGGUGCUGGGGCCUCAUCACCCAUCCUACGAGGUGGAGAGGCAUCGGGGAGAGAAGGACAUCAGGUUUCAUGUGGAAGGGCUUGCCUUCCCCGACGCUGAUUUCUCAGGCCUGGUCUCGCUCAGCAUUAGCCUGGUGGACCCAAGGCCCCUGUCCGAGGUGCUGCUAUUCACAGACAGUGUGGCCUUCCGUGUGGCCCCCUGGAUCAUGACCCCCAACACCCAGCCCCCCCUGGAGCUCUAUGUGUGCAGUGUGACAGACGCCCAUGGCCGCAAUGACAAGUUCUUGGAGGACAUGGCCCACCUAGCUCUAAAGGCCAACUGCAAGCUGGUGGUCUGUCCUGAGGCAGAGAACAGAAAUGACCGCUGGAUCCAGGGUCCUGACUUCAGAUACGUGACCCGGGAGAUCCAGUAUGCGGGUGCUUCUGGCCUUGAUUCCUUUGGCAACCUGGAUGUGAGCCCACCAGUGACGGUGGGCGACACCGAGUACCCCCUGGGCAGAAUCCUCAUUGGGGGCAGCUUCCCAAGCCUCUUCCCAUUUGUGGGGUUUGGCGUGGAGCCUGAGUGUGCCCCAACUCUGCGCCCUAGCUGGCCUCUAGGUUUCCGGCUGCUCCUGGCCAGCCCCAGCGCCUGCCUCCAGCUGUUCCAGGAAAAGAAAGAGGAGGGCUAUGGGGAGGCGGCACAGUUUGAUGGGUUAAAGCACAAGAUGAAAAGAAGCAUCAAUGAGUUUUUAGCUGACAGACACCUCAGGAGAGACAGUCUGCAUGUGCAGAAAUGCAUUGACUGGAACCGUGAGGUACUGAAGAGGGAGCUGGGCCUGGUGGAGGGCGACAUCAUCGACAUCCCACAGCUCUUCUUCCUGAAAGGCGCCUAUGCCGAGGCCUUCUUCCCCGACAUGGUCAACAUGGUGGUCCUGGGCAAAUACCUGGGAAUCCCUAAGCCCUUUGGACCCCUCAUCAAUGGCCGCUGCUGCCUGGAGGAGAAGGUUCGCUCCCUGCUGGAACCUCUGGGCCUGCACUACAUCUUUAUCGAUGAUUUCCUGUCCUACCACCAGCUGCUUGGGGAGAUUCACUGUGGCACCAACGUGUGUCGGAAACCCUUUGCCUUCAAAUGGUGGAACAUGGUGCCGUGA